CGUCGGGGCGGCCGGGGCCAUGGCCUCGGUCCGGGAGAAGGCGGCCGCGCUCAACCUCUCGGCUCUCCACUGCCCCGCGCAGAGGCCACCCGGUUUCAGUGUGGCCCAGAAGCCAUUUGGAGCCACAUACGUGUGGAGCAGCAUUAUAAACACUCUUCAAACACAGGUGGAGGUGAAAAAACGCAGGCAUCACCUAAAACGACACAAUGACUGCUUUGUGGGUUCAGAAGCCGUGGAUGUCAUUUACGCUCACCUGAUGCAGAAUAAGUACUUCGGUGAUGUCGAUAUUCCUCGGGCCAAAGUCGUGAGAGUGUGUCAGGCGCUUAUGGACUACAAGGUCUUUGAAGCGGUUCCCACCAGGGUCUUUGGAAAGGACAAAAAGCCUACGUUUGAAGACAGUAGUUGCAGCCUCUAUCGAUUCACAACGAUACCGAACCAGGACGGCCAGGCAGGCAAAGAAAACAGGUCAACCUCACCCUCCAGGAAUACAGCUGCAUUAUUUAAGUCACCUGAGAUCAAAUCAGCAAGUCUGGAGGAUUUGUGGGAAAAUCUGAGUUUGAAGCCUGCCAACUCCCCUCAUGUAAAUCUCUCUGCAACCUUGUCUCCACAAGUGAUCAAUGAAGUAUGGCAAGAAGAAACAAUUGCACGACUGCUACAACUGAUAGACCUGCCACUUAUUGACUCCUUACUCAGGCAUCAGAUGGUCCCUAAAGUUCCUGCGUGUAGCAGGCAGCCUGACCUGGUCAGCAGCAGUAACUACCUGGAUCGGGCGAUUCUCAAGGCUUAUGGUGAUUCACAGGAAGACGAAUGGCUGUCGGCAGCGAUCGACUGCUUAGAGUACUUCCCAGACCAUUUGGUGGUGGACAUAAGCAGAAACUUCCCUGAGCAACCAGAUGGCACAGAUGUGGUGAAAGGACUUCUGUUUGAUGCCAUUAGCAAAUACUACAGUCAUAGGGAGCCUCUGUUGAAUCAUUUAUCUGAUGUUCACAAUGGAAUUGCAGAACUCCUAGUGAAUGGGAAGACUGAAAUAGCAUUAGAAGCUACUCAGCUCUUUCUGAAGCUUUUGGAUCCCCAAAAUAGAGAAGAAUUCAGAAGACUGCUGUAUUUCAUGGCUGUCGCGGCACAUCCUUCUGAAUUUAAAUUACAGAAAGAAAGUGACAAUCGAAUGGUUGUGAAAAGGAUAUUCUCAAAAGCCAUUGUUGACAACAAAAACUUAUCCAAAGGCAAAACUGACCUUCUGAUACUCUUUUUAAUGGAUCAUCAAAAAGAUGUUUUCAAGAUUCCUGGAACUCUACAUAAAAUUGUCAGUAUUAAACUUUUGGCCAUACAGAAGGGAAGAGACCCAAAUAAAGAUGCAGGGUAUAUUUAUUGCCAGAGAAUCAAUCAAAGUGACUAUUCCAACAGUACACAGAAGACAACCAAAGAUGAGCUCUUGAACUUAAUAAAAACUAUUGAUGAGGACUCAAAACUGUCUGCCAAAGAGAAGAAAAAAUUGCUAGGUCAGUUCUAUAAGUGUCACCCAGACAUCUUUGUUGAGUAUUUUGGAGAAUGAGUUUCUAGUGUAUGUGUAUAGAUUGUGUAUUUUAAGAAUAAAUUAUGUAUCCUAAAGAACUGAUCACAUUUGUAAACUUGGAAUUUCUAAAUGUGAAACUGUACUUAAUAAACUUUUUUUU